CUGUACACAGAAGCCGGUAAAAUGCAGCGAUAUAACUCUUUUUUUCUAUUCGUUUUCUGUGCUUUAAUAAACACAGAUUGUACCGGCUUAGAUCGAGAUCCAAAUGGCUACAUUACUUAUUGCCCAUGCAUGGGACGCUUUGGUAACCAGGCAGACCAUUUUUUGGGCUCACUGGCAUUUGCACAUGCAAUUAAUCGAACCCUAAUACUUCCGCCUUGGGUUGAAUAUCGCAAGGGUGAAAUGCGCUCAUACCAAGUGCCUUUUGAUACUUAUUUUGAUGUGGUGCCUCUUCACGAUUACCACCGCGUCAUAACGAUGUCUGAAUUUAUGUCAACGCUAGCCCCCGAUGUUUGGCCAACUGAAAAACGUGUGUCCUUUUGUUAUAUGGAACGGACAAGUUUGGGGCAAGCUAAAAACGCGCCGGGUAUUCCGGACUGUCAUGCGAAAGACGGUAACCCGUUUGGCCCUUUUUGGGACACCUAUGGCAUUAACUUUAUUGCUUCCGAGUUCUAUGGUCCGUUGCACUUUGAUGUGCAUCACAGUAGCAUGGCGACUAAGUGGAAAACCAAAUAUUCGGCAAAUUCUUGGCCUGUCUUGGCGUUUACUGGCGCCCCUGCUAGCUUUCCUGUGCAACUAGAGAAUCGAGGCUUGCAAAGGUAUUUACAAUGGACUCCAAGUUACCUGGACGCAGCUCAUAAAUUUAUACGCGAAAAAUUGCCGCGUGGUGCUUUUGUCGGCAUUCAUCUUCGCAAUGGUAUCGAUUGGGUGCGCGCCUGUGAGCAUGUCAAGGAUAGUCAACAAUUGUUCGCAUCCCCACAGUGUCUAGGUUACAAAAACGAACGAGGUAUACUGUAUCCAGAGCUCUGCAUGCAAACGAAAGAAGGGAUUGUGCGCCAGCUAAAGCGCACUAUAAAGAACAUUCGUCAACUGUAUCCAAAAAAUCAAAUCAAAUCUAUAUUUGUAGCAUCCGAUGCGAACCACAUGAUUGACGACCUAAAUUCUGCACUAAGUCGCAUGAAUAUUACAGCUCAUAAGUUACCAGAGAAUGAUCCAUACUUAGAUCUAACUAUACUCGGGCAGUCAAAUCACUUCAUUGGCAAUUGUAUAUCGUCAUAUAGCGCCUUUGUAAAGCGCGAACGAGAUUAUCGUGGCUUCCCAUCAUAUUUUUGGGCUUAUCCCAAAGAAAAAGACCGUCAGAGUACAAAAGUGCACGAGGAGUUGUAGAUGUACUUUAAUACAAAUGAUUCACAUGAUUUCUUAUUUAGUUUACACCAAACUGAUUAAAGAAAGUGUCCAUAUACUGAGAAUUUUGUAAAUUA